AGGUAUCUCUAAACUACUUGCAUGUGUCAUUCCUAUUGCUCAGAUCACCAUAGGUGCAGUGUACCUGUAUGACUGCCCCCGGCAGCACUACAUCCCCAUUUACCUGGUGGUAAUGGGGGCCUUCGGCCUGGCCCUAGCCCUGCUCUCUUGCCUACCCUGUGCCCAGGACUCAGAUGGCAUAGACCCCAACCCCCUGAACCACCUCUGCACCACCUGGAGCACCCUGGCCUCCUUCUUCCUCUUCUGCUGGUUCAUCAGCGGUAACGUGUGGAUCUACUCCAUCUAUCAGCCCAACUUCAACCAGACACUGACUGAGGACCCCUACUGUAACAAGACCUAUUUAUAAAAAACAGGCCCCACCUGCCCUGAAUGACGGGUCGCCACUGCUCAAUACAACUGCAACUUUAAAGCAAUAUAGUGUUUGUGUUUGAAUUAAGAUAAAGGAUUGAGACAUGAACUCUGCUGCCACCCACAAGAUGCAGUAGUGAUGCAGUCCAGAGAAUGUGGUGUUUUUUAUCAUUAAUCAAACUGAAAGUACUACUGUUAGAUUCAUACUGUUACAGUAAGGUCACCGUAGUUCCGUUUUAUUGAUGUUCCAAUUCACUUUCACUACUGCAUUUGUAGUUCAUUUGGUGUUCAGCAGCAUAAGUGUCUGACCACUAAAGAGAACGCAUAUUCUACAAGUAGGAGAUUUAUUAACUAACAAUAUCUCUGUACUGCUAUUCUCUCUCUCUCUUAGAUGAGGAUAACUCUGAACUAUUUGAGUUAGCAAACCAGCAGUGAACAAUGAAGUAAUUAUGGUUCAACUGUAGCAUUGGGUCAACAAUAGCUAUAUUUAGUUAGCAAGGGGAAGUGUGACUGUGGGGGGCCUAGAAACGGACUUAGAAACUGACAGCAGGAGUAAAGAUAAGAUCAUGCCAAAGAUCAGAAGGGAUACACGACGACUACAGUACUAUCACUUCUUGUCUUCAUAACAAAGUACAUUUUAUAUUUGUCUCAUCCACCAUUCAGGUCAAUCAACCAAUCUGUGUCACGCACCAUGGGAAGAUGUAUUGACGUUUGCAUGCUGGUCUUAUGGGUUGCAGUUUGGGUGACCUUCAUUGUCUUGGGUGCUGUGUACAUUGAUGACUGCCCAGUGAAACGUGUCAUCCCUGUCCACAUGAUCAUUUCUGGAUCUUUCGGUCUCCUCUAUGUAUUCUCUUCCUGCUACAAGGACCGUGUUGUGUGCCAACAUUUGUCUAAACUAUUUUGGUUCAUGAUCAUCGUCUGGUUCUUUAUUGGCCAUAAUUGGAUCUUCUCUGUAUUCCAGCCCAACUACGAACGGAAAGAGAUCAUCGGCUACAAAUACUGCAACAAAUCUCUAUACAUCUUUGCGGCCUCUACCACCAUCAUAUUGGACAUCAUUUUAAUUGUGCGGCUGCUUGUGUUGUUCAGUGUUUGUAAGUGGUUCAUGCUUUGUCUGGUCUGCUGUGUCUCUUUAUGCAAGUCUGAUGAUGUCAAACCUGAUCAGGUUGUUGAGCCUUUGAGGUGUGUGGAGACUGAGAGGUGUGUGGGGACUGACGGAAGUGUGGGGACUGAGGUGUCUGUGGGGACUGACGGAAGUGUGGGGACUCAGGUGUCUGUGGGGACUGAGGUGUGUGUGGGGACUGACGGAAGUGUUUGGACUGAGGUGUGUGUGGGGACUGACGGAAGUGUGGGGACUCAGGUGUAUGUGGAGACUCAUGAGAGUGUGGGGCAUGACGAGAGUGUGGGGACUAAGGAGUAUGUGGUAACUGAGCAGAGUGAGUCCAACACUGCUCAUUAUUAAUGCAAUUCACUAUUCACAUUAGUCAUUUACAUGAAUUUGUCUCCUUUGGGGGGUGAGAUAAUAUAAUAAUGUAGAUGUCAUCAUAAACAAAUAAGCAACAAUGGGUAAAUUGGUGCCAUUAUGUUGCCAAAUAUCAGAAGAUUAAAAUAAAAAUAUAAAUUCCCACUUUGACUUUCAAGAUUUAAAAUGUACCUUGGUAGACAAAUAUUAUUGUUACCAUUGUUGAGCAGAAUUAUAAUCAUUUGGCUAAUAGGCUGCUGUUCCACUUCACAGACACCCCCCUAAAAUAGUUUAGUGGAACAGCCCAUCAAUCAAAAGGCACACCUGAAGAAAAUGGACUGGUGUGUUAAAAGGCCGACUUCUGGUCCCAUUCUGCCCCUGCUGUAAUUCGUAAUUCAUUACAAUUAUAAUAACUCAUUGGAUCAAAUUGUGUGAUGAUCAUCUUAGUCCUUGACAAAUAGUAGGCCUAAGCUUAUGGAUCUACUGUCUGUUACCAAUUUCAGCAAUAAAAUAAGCAGCAUCUUGUUUACUUGGAAUGAACAGAGCACAUAAUGCAAAUGAAUACAAGUCAGACAGAGAUUAAAUCGAAGAUUGAAUGUU